AUGGAGGAUGCUUCGGAGUCUUCACCAGGGGCUGCUCCAUUAAUUAAUAAUGUAGCUCUCCCAGGCGCUCGGCCGUCUCUUCCUGUAUCAGUGACAGGCUGCAAAAGUCAUCGAGCAGCCAAUAAAAAGGUAGAAGCGAGAAAUGAAAAGCUCCUCCCAGCAGCUCUUCCUCCUUCGCAGCCGAAAGGAAUUGCAAGCUGUUUUGUAGAGAUGAUUGGGUUUGGAGCAAAGAUCUUUAAUACAUUAACUCUUGACUUUUUUGAGCGGACCAUUCUGUGCAACAGUCUUGUGUGGAGUUGUGCCGUGACGGGCAGACCGGGACUGACCUAUCAAGAAGCACUUGAGUCUGAAAAAAAAGCAAGACAGAAUCUUCAAAGUUUUCCAGAACCACUAAUUAUUCCAGUUUUAUGCUUGGCCAACCUCACCCAUCGCUCACGCUUGCAUGAAAUUUGUGAUGACAUCUUUGCAUAUGUCAAAGAUCGCUAUUUUGUUGAAGAAACAGUUGAAGUCAUUAGGAAUAAUGGGGCAAGAUUACAGUGUAGAAUCUUGGAAGUUCUCCCUCCAUCACAUCAAAAUGGUUUUGCUAAUGGGCAUGUCAGCAGUGUAGAUGGAGAAACUAUCAUCAUCAGCGAUAGUGAUGAUUCAGAAACUCACAGCAAUUCUUUUCAAAAUGGAAAGAAAAAAGAUGCAGUUGAUCCCUUGUUGUUCAAGUACAGGGUGCAACCCACUAAAAAAGAAUUGUAUGAGUCUGCUGUUGUUAAAGCAACACAAAUUAGUCGGAGAAAACACAUGUUUUCCCGUGAUAAACUUAAGCUUUUCCUUAAGCAACACUGUGAACCACAAGAUGGAGUCAUUAAAAUUAAGGCCUCCACUCUUUCAUUAUAUAAAAUAGAAGAACAAGAUUUUUCUUAUUUCUUCCCUGAUGAUCCACCCACGUUUAUCUUUAGUCCUACUAGCAGAAGAAGAGGCAGACCUCCCAAAAGAAUAUCUUUUAGUCAGGAGGAGAUCAUUGCUAAUAAGCCAGCUGUUCCAGGAUAUAGGAGCAAAGCUAAUAAAGAAAGGGACAAAACUAUAAAACAAGAAGAGAUGAAGUCAUUGGCUUCUGAAAAGGCUAAAUUAAAAAGAGAAAAAGCAGAUGCCCUGGAAGCAAGAAAGAAAGAAAAGGAAGAUAAAGAGAAAAAGAGGGAAGAAUUGAAAAAAAUUGUUGAAGAAGAGAGAUUAAAGAAGAAAGAAGAAAAAGAAAGACUUAAAAUAGAAAGAGAAAAGGAAAGAGAGAAGUUACGUGAAGAAAAGCGAAAAUACAUGGAACAUUUAAAGCAGUGGAGUAAACCUAGAGAAGAUAUGGAAUGUGAUGAUCUUAAGGAACUUCCAGAACCGACUCCAGUGAAAACUAGACUGCCUCCUGAAAUCUUUGGUGAUGCUCUUAUGGUUUUGGAGUUUCUUCAUGCAUUUGGAGAACUCUUUGACCUUCAAGAUGAGUUUCCUGAGGGAGUCACUCUAGAAGUGUUAGAGGAAGCUCUUGUAGGAAAUGACAGUGAAGGCCCACUAUGUGAAUUGCUUUUUUUCUUCCUGACUGCCAUCUUCCAGGCGAUAGCUGAAGAAGAAGAGGAAGUAGCCAAAGAGCAAAUAACUGAUGCUGACACCAAAGAUUUAACCGAGGCUUUGGAUGAAGAUGCAGACCCCACAAAAUCUGCACUGUCCGCAGUUGCAUCUUUGGCAGCUGCAUGGCCACAGUUACACCAGGGCUGCACUUUGAAAAGCUUGGACCUUGACAGCUGCACUCUCUCUGAAAUCCUCAGACUGCACAUCUUAGCUUCAGGUGCCGAUGUGACAUCAGCAAAUGCAAAGUACAGGUAUCAGAAGCGAGGCGGGUUUGACGCCACAGACGAUGCCUGUAUGGAGCUUCGCUUGAGUAAUCCCGGCCUGGUGAAGAAGCUGUCAAGCACGGCAGUGUAUGAUUUGACACCAGGAGAAAAAAUGAAGAUACUUCAUGCUCUCUGUGGGAAGCUGCUUACUCUAGUUUCUACGAGGGAUUUCAUUGAGGAUUAUGUUGAUGUAUUACGACAGGCAAAACAUGAGUUUCGGGAGUUAAAGGCAGAACAGCAUCGAAAAGAGAGGGAAGAAGCCGCGGCCAGAAUUCGUAAAAGGAAGGAAGAGAAGCUUAAGGAGCAGGAGCUGAAAAUGAAAGAGAAACUGGAAAAGCUAAAGGAAGAUGAGCAAAGAAAUUCGACUGUAGACGUGUCUGUCGGGGAAGAAGAGAAGGAAGAUUUUGAUACAAGCGCUGAGAGCAAAGGAAUGGAGCAAAAGGAACUAGAUCAAGACACGCUGACUGAGGAUGAAGACGACCCACGAACACAUCAAAGAGGCAGAAGGGGGAGAAGGGGACAUAAUGGAUUUAAAGAAUUUAUCAGGCAGGAAGAGAUCAACUGUGUACCCAGAGGGUCUCUUCCUGCUGAUGAGGAAGAAGCUCUGAAACAGGAACACCGGCAAAAGCAGAAAGAGCUGUUCGAGAAAAUCCAAAGUGCCACAGCCUGCACCAACAUCUCUCCCUUGGGCCGCGACCGGAUGUAUAGGCGGUACUGGAUCUUCCCUUCUAUUCCCGGAUUGUUCAUCGAAGAGGAUUAUGCUGGCCUCACGGAAGAUAUGCUGUUACCUAGACCUGCAUUUCAGAAUAAUGUGCAGUCUCAAGAGCCUCAGGGAUCCACUAAAACUGAAGGGUCUGAGUCUACCUCCAGCACUGACCAAGGUCCGCGUGAUGAUUCUGGGCCCCUGCCAAAACCGGUGCAUAAGCCAAAUCGAUGGUGCUUUUACAGUUCUUGUGAGCAACUGGACCAGCUCAUCGAGGCCCUGAAUUCGAGAGGACAUAGAGAAAGUGCCUUAAAAGAAACUUUGUUGCAAGAGAAAAACAGAAUCUGUGCACAGCUAGUUCAUUUUUCUGAAGAGAAAUUUCAUUUUUCAGACAAGUUUCAAAAUGAUAACAAACCUGUGUGUAAUCGGGGAAGAUCUUCCAGUGCAUAUGACCCUUCUCAGGUGUCUGCAGAAAGGCAGCUUGAAUUGAGGCUUCGAGAUUUUCUUUUGGACAUUGAAGACAGAAUCUACCAAGGAACAUUAGGGGCAGUCAAGGUUACAGAUCGACAUAUCUGGAGAUCAGCCCUAGAAAGCGGACGGUAUGAGCUAUUAAGUGAGGAAACCAAGGAAAAUGGGAUUAUUAAGACUGUGAAUGAAGAUGUAGAAGAGAUGGAAAUUGAUGAGCAAGCAAAGACCGUUGUAAAAGACAGACUUUUGGGGAUAAAAACAGAAACGCUAAGUACUGUGUCAACUAAUACAAGCACACCCCAGUCAGUGAGCAACGUGGUGCGUUUCCUGGCCACGGCACUAUUUCAAAUAGAGCAGGGCAUUGAGAGGCGUUUUCUGAAAGCUCCACUUGAUGCCAGUGACAGUGGACGUUCUUAUAAAACAGUCCUGGACCGUUGGAGAGAGUCUCUCCUUUCUUCUGCUAGUCUCUCCCAAGUCUUUCUUCACCUCUCCACCUUGGAUCGUAGUGUCAUAUGGUCUAAAUCUAUACUGAACGCUCGCUGCAAGAUAUGCCGGAAAAAGGGUGACGCAGAAAGCAUGGUGCUGUGUGAUGGCUGUGACCGGGGUCAUCAUAUAUACUGCGUUCGACCAAAGCUCAAGGCGGUUCCUGAAGGAGACUGGUUUUGUCCAGAAUGCCGGCCAAAGCAGCGUUCUAGGCGACUCUCCUCUAGACAGAGACCAUCCUUGGAAAGUGACGAAGAAAUGGAAGACCAUCUGGAAGAUGAGGAUGAUGAGGUUGAUGAUGAUGAUGAUGAGAGUCAAAGUGAGGAAGAAGACUAUGGGGAAGAAGAUGAAGAUGACUAUCAAGAAGAGGAAGACGUGAGCCCACCAAAACGAGGAAGACCACAUGUUAGACUGCCAAUUAAAACCAGAGGGAGACUUAACUCUUCUUUCUCAAGCCGUGGACAGCGGCAUGAUCCUGGGAGAUACACGUCAAGGAGUCAGCAGAGUACACCCAAAACCAUUGUUUCUCCUAGAAGUACCAGUAGAAGCUUAAGAAAGAUUAAAUCUGCUCCCCCAACGGGAACUAAAUCUUUGAGGAUUGCCAGUCGUUCUACUCGCCAGAGCCAUGGCUUGCUGCAAACAGAUGUCUUUGUGGAACUACUUAGCCCUCGUAGAAAACGCCGGGGCAGGAAAAGUGCCAGUAAUACACCUGAAAGUGCUCCCAGUUUCCACAACUUCCGAGUCAUCGCCACGAAGUCACAUGAACCAGCAAGAGCUUUAAAUAGUACUCCAAAACUCUCUCCCCAAGAUAGUGAGUCCAAGAGACGAACAAGGAAAAGACCAUCUGCAGAAUCAUCUCCUAUGAUAUUGAAUCGAAGGAGUUCAGGUCGACAGGGAGGAGUUCAUGAAUUAUCCGCUUUCGAACAGCUUAUUGUAGAAUUGGUACGGCAUGAUGACAGCUGGCCUUUUUUGAAACUGGUUUCUAAAAUUCAGGUCCCAGACUACUAUGACAUCAUCAAAAAGCCCAUUGCCUUAAAUGUAAUUCGUGAGAAAGUAAACAAAUGUGAAUAUAAAUUAGCAUCUGAAUUUAUCGAUGACAUCGAGUUAAUGUUUUCGAACUGCUUUGAGUACAACCCUCGUAACACAAGUGAAGCAAAAGCUGGAAUUAGGCUUCAAGCAUUUUUUCAUAUUCAGGCUCAAAAGCUUGGACUCCACGUCACACCUGGUAAUGUGGACCAAGUUACCUCACCACCACCUGCAAAAAAGUCACGCAUCUAAUUUUAUCCUUCUAAAGGUUACAUUUGAAGAAAAGCAAAUUGUUCAUGAAAGCGGAACAUUAAACCAUGCUCUGAAGCAGAUAUCUAUAUGAAGCAAUAGCAGCUGUUCAACCACACUGAAGUGUGGCCUGCACUAUAUUCUCAAUGUUAAUGUUAAGCACUCAGGAGAAUGUAGGAAGGAUUUCCUUUGCUACAGUUUUGUUCAGUAUCUAAUAAGUUUGAUAGAUAUAUUGGAUACAGUACUGGUUUACAGAGAUUUUUGUACAUUUUUUAGUUCAUUCAUGUGUCCAAAUAGCUUGGAAAAUAUUUUUUCACCUAUGAUUCUAUUUUGUCAUUGACACUUUUUGAAAGAAGUUGUGGUAUUAAGAGAUAUUUAUCUACACAGAUGAGUCUUCUGGUCUACCACAGUUUAGAAAAAUGUGUAUAUGUCUUAAGACUUGUUUAACAAGCACAUUUUUGUAACACUACACAUGAAUGAAUCCAAUCGAUAUCCUUUAAGUGCUGUACCAGUAUUGGCUGGAGGUAGUAAGUCUGAGUUUAUUAACUAGAUAUUUAUUUAGCAUUCAGAGUAAUUUGUUCAUUUGCUUUGUAUUUAUAAAAUUUGUACCUGGAAAAUGUUCUUUAAUUUUUUUAACAUUUUACUGUUUUUGUUUAUUUCUCUAACUUCCUAAUGAUCAAUCAAAGUAAUGCCCUCCUUUUUCCCUAACAGUUCUUUCAGUCUCACAGGAUUGUAAUAUAAGUUUCUAUGUACGACUUUUUAAGUCUACAAAUAAAGUGAUGCUUUUUUUUUUUCCAAAGUA